AUGGCGACGGAAGCGAGGUCCGUUGCUCGCGCCCUGCGGCGGCCGCUGCAGCCACGGGACUCCAAUGUCGCCUCCCCUCUGGUCGCCGUCGCCGGGAAGGCGAAGGCCAAGGCCAGGACGAGGCUGGCGGCGGCCACGCCCGCGUCACCACCGUCGGUCAAGUCGUACAUGAAGAAGCCUGAGAGCAGGGUGGAGCUGAAAGAGGUGUCGCUGGCGGAGGAGCUGGAGAAGGCGCGGGAGCGCCGGGGGCGGCUGCGGGUGGCGAGGCAGCUGACGGAUCGCGUCUUGGAUGAGCGCGACGAGGCACUGCGAUGGGAGGUGAGGGAAUGGGAGCGGAGAGCCGAUGAGCAGAGGCGGCUGGUUGCAGAGCUCAUGCGGCUCAUUGGGAUGCCCGAGGUAUACACUCCAGUGGAGUCUCUGAGAUCCAAGGAGGAGAGGAAGAGAAAGGACGAGAUUUCACAUUCGGGUUCAGUGGGUUCAGCGUCUACGGCUUCAUCAUUACAGGAAGAAGUUGGAGUGAAUUCGUGUGUCCAAGAAUUGGAGGCACCAGAGACAACAGCCACGCCGGCAACAACAUCAGUCAACACCUUUUGA